ACAAGAGAGAAAUACAAAGAAUUUCCUCCCAAAUAAUUCUUUCAUGGUAUCAGAGCCAAAACCCUAGAGAUUUUCAGCGACUACUGUUCACGAUCGCCUGGCAUGGCGUCUAUCGAUCGUUGCUCAGUUUCAGUCGUUCGUUGUUGUUGCCGGACAACGGAACGGUCGACCGUUGCUCUUGAACGGUCGAGCACGUCGACCGUCUCGUCGGCAGAUUGUGUGAUAGAUGUUGUUGUUGAUUCUUCCGCCACCGCCGUACGCCACUCUGCUACCGCCAUGGCCGAUGAACAACCAAGGAAGAUGUUUUUCUCCCUAUCAUCGUGUGUUUCUAGUAUGAAGCUUUCAGGUGCAUCUAUUGAUACAGGAAGUACAAAUGAGGUUAGCUCUUAUGAUGAAGAUGAAGAAAUGCGGACGGAAGAGCAGAUGGAUCGUUCCAAGAGGGACGGUGGGCUAGAGGAAAGCGGUAAAGCAGACAUGCUACAGACGGUUGACCUGAUGGACCGUUCGGAUGUCCACGGUCGACCGUCCGAGAGGCAGAAUGAUGGGUUCCUGAGAGAUGACCAAACGGUCAACCUGGUGGACCGUUCAGAUAUCCACGGUCGACCGUCCGCAAGGCAGAAUGACGUUUCUUUGGGAGAUGAUCAAACGGUCGACCGUGAAGUGGAAGACGGUCGACCGUCUCCGAGGCAGAAAGUUAGCGAUCCGGAACAGCUUCAGACGGUCGACCCCGUGGACCGUUCCACGGACGGUGGUCGACCGUCCUCUUCCCAGCAGGCGGUGGAGAACUUGGGACGUGGUCAAUGUGAGAAACGUCCAAAUGUACGCCUUGCCGAUUAUGCUACCCAUGUAGCUGGUUCACAUAUUGGUGAAAAUGCAAAUAUCCUCUUGCCUCGUAUAUCACACACGAGAAGUUCUUUGACAGACACAAGUGUUUUCUCAGCGCACUUGAUGCUGGAGUGGAGCCCACAGGUCAUCCAGAACCUCACUAGUGCGCCACUCUCUCCACCAAAUUUAGCUCUUGUGGUCACCGUACAAAACACUAAGUCUCAUGAAAAAGAAUUAAAGGAUGAUUCAAGCGCUGAAUCACAUGUUGGGGAUGCUAUGGACAGUAGGCCUAAACUCAUGAAUGAAGAUGACGAGAGGUCCAACGCCGUUGAAAUUAAUGAAGAGCUUGCCCUUCUAGAAGGUGCCAACAAGGUGGCAAAUGCAGAUAAUAAGCAGGCAGAUAACCCCUUUUCAUUUGACACCAUUAAGUUGUUUGACAAUGUUGAUGCGGUCAAGUCAAAGCACCAAGUUUCACCGAGAGAACCUACACUGGGUGAAAUCCCAGAUGAGAGUGGAUCGAAUAGUUCCCCUUCGAUCGAUCACUUCGAAGAUGAUGAAGAGAUGCCAGUGGAAGAGCAGCUGGACCGUUCCACGAGGAACGGUCGACCGGAGGAGACCAGUGAGGCAGGCGAGCUACAGGCGGUCGACCUGGUGGACCGUCCUGAUGUCCACGGUCGACCGUCCGAGAGGCAGAAAGACGGACCUUUGGGAGUGCAACCAACGGUCGACGUGGUGGACCGUUUUGAUGACCACGGUCGACCGUCUGAAGGGCAGAAAGAUAGGCUCCAGAGGGAUGAUGAAACGGUCGACCGUGAAGAGGAGAACGGUCGACCGUCUCUGAGGCAGAAAGAAGACGCUCAGGAAUCCUUUCAGACGGUCGACCCCAAGGACCGUUCCACGGAUGGCGGUCGACCGUCCUCUCCCCAGAAAGCAGCAGAGACCUUGGGACGUGGUCAACGGGAAAGGCGACCAAAUGUGAGGCUUGCGGAUUAUGUUACGCAUGUUGCUGGUCCACAUAUCGGAGAAAAGUGCAGAUAUCCACUCUCUUCAUAUGUCACUUAUGAGAAGUUUUCUCACAAACAUAAGUGUUUCCUCACAGCGCUUGAUGAAGAAAUAGAGCCUAGAAACUUCAAAUAGGCAUUCUAGGAUGAGCGAUGGAGGA